CCUCAAAACGUUCACACACUGGCCUCAACAUUUAUCACAGAAACCAAAAGAGCUGGCAGAUGCAGGGAUGCAUUACACAGGUGUUGACGACACUUGCCGCUGCUUUGCAUGUGACGGUGGUUUGAGGAACUGGGAACCAGGAGAUGAUCCCUGGAUAGAACAUUGCAGAUGGUUUCCGGCGUGUCCUUAUGCACGGGCGGUAAAAGGCGACGAGUUUAUUAGCAUCGUCCAACAUUCUGCUGAUCAGGCCUUGAAAGAAAAUCGUCGAGAUGAGAUUAGCGAUGCUCUGGCUGCUUUAAUUCAGCGCAUAAUCGACAGAUUUCGAAGCAUGCUUAUACAGGACAUGGGGUUUCCUAUCAACGAUGUAAUAACCGCUGUUCUCGAACUUGUACAACAAGCCAUCACUGACCCAGAUAUUGAGGAUAUCGUAUUUCGCCUGGAGAAACAUUAUUGAAACAAGACCAACUAUCAAAAGACUUGCUAUUGUGCCAUUCCUGCCACUCCAACCAAGUGAACUGCUUGUUCCUACCUUGCGGCCAUCACAAGUACUGCUUGGAAUGCACGCAAUACAUUGAUAAAUGCCCGGAUUGCGGCAGACAUGUAACGGAACGGAUUCGCCAAAUGGCGUGAACAUUGUAUUAUUUACAUGGCGAAACGAAAAUGGUACAUUAUAUGUUUGUAAAUAUUGUAAUUAACUUGUGUGUGAGUGUUAUAAAAAUAGGAUAUUGGUUGAAUAAAACGUAUACAUGUUUAA